AUGGGACCCGACGAUGGCCACUUGCUCCGGCAAGAUCCAAAGUUGGGCUUCAUAGUCGUUCGUUUCAACAGGAGCUCUAUUACUCCCAUCUCUCCCAAUACUCCCGCUAGCGUACAUCAUAUCGGCACUUAUCAUACCUUCGCCAACGCUCAGGCCACGGCCCUCAGACUUUUCCAGCUCGCACUGAACGACUUCUAUCGCAGGGGACAAAGCGGUCGAUACUUCAACCGGAUCGACCUCGAGCAGUCGGGAUCGAUUAUGAUAUAUCAACAGCGUCCGAGUAAUGGAUACAUGGCCACUCGCGAAUUAGUAGUCAGCGAGUUUCGGGUGGUGCUAGUCAACAUGUCGGACAACUUCUGGGAGGUGGAAGCGCGUCUUAUAAGAGAGAAAUUCACGUUGGUAAAUCCGCACGGUGGCUUCAUGGACAAUACGCCAGUACCUGAAUCGAAGAUGCCCACUGUGAGGCUUCCCCGCAAGCCGGAUCAGCGCGAUAAUCCAGUAACCCCGAGCCACGAUACCAUGCAAGAAGAGCAUAUUACCCUGCCUGAGCUCGCUCAACCCUCUUCGCAGUUUCCUCCGCUAGGUCCACAGUACGAUCAAGAAACUCAGCCAGACUGGACGCGGACUCGUACACCGUUGUUCGACCGUCGAGCCGACCCACCCUUCCGCGGGCCCGGCCACAGACCAUACGCUCAAACCAUGGUCUUCUCGCCGCCUCCACCCACUUUACCCGGACUUUUUGGCGCACAAGACUCCGGAGGUAUCUGGUCGGAGGCAACAAGAGCUGCUGUCUAG